AUGGAGGAGUCAUCUAGACAUGAUUAUGAAGUGUUUUUGAGCUUUAGAGGACUAGAUACUCGUACGGGCAUUGCUGAUCACCUUUACGUCAACAUGAUUGGUGCUGGAAUUCGGGCAUAUAGGGACAAUGAUGAGCUUUGCACCGGGGAAGAGAUCGGUGGCCAGCUUCUCAAAGCAAUCGAGCAGUCAAAGAUCUCAAUACCAAUCUUUUCUAAAGGAUAUGCUGACAGUCCAUGGUGCCUCAGGGAGUUGGUCAAGAUGGUGGAGAGGAAGAACACAAGGGGACAUAAGAUCAUGCCAAUUUUCUAUGAUGUCGCACCAUCCGAGGUAAAAUACCAGACUGAGCACUAUGACAAUGCCAUUGUUUCUCAUGCAAAAAAGAAGCGGUUUGAUGAUGAGACUAUCAACAAGUGGAAGGCUGCUCUCAAUGAAGUUGGAGCACUAAAGGGAUGGGACCUCCAAAGCAUGCCAAAUAGAGGCGAAGGUGAAUUUGUAAAAGAAGUUGUCACUAAUGUUUUGACUGAGUUGAAAGCUGCCUACUUGGAAGUAUGUGAUUGCUUAGUCGAAGUAGACAAUCAUGAGGAUGCAAUUAUGAGGAUGAUAGGUGCAUGCGACCUAGAAACAAAGAUUGUUGGAAUCCAUGGUAUCGGUGGUAUGGGAAAAACGACUCUUGCCAAAAUAGUGUACAAUCGACUUUCUAAAGAUUUUUCUUAUUGUUGCUUCCUUUCAAACAUCCGAGAAACAGAGAUUACGCGCUUGCAGAAGCAGCUCAUAUCUACCAUCUGUGGAGGUCAAUGUUCUGAUAUCAACAAUAUCAUGGAAGGGAAAAAGGAGAUCAAGCAAAGGUUACGUGAUAAAAAAGUGCUUCUUUUACUUGAUGAUGCCGAUGAAGAAAGUCAACUUGAUGCGCUCGUCCAAAAGCGUGAGUGGUUUGCCAAGGGAAGCAUGAUCAUCAUAACCACUAGAGACCGGAAAAUUCUCAAAGUGCCUACACCUAAAGAUGAGACUUACAAAAUUACGCUUGUUGAUGAGGCUUACGAACUUACUGGCAUGGAUUUUGAUCAUUCUCUUAAACUAUUUAGCAAACAUGCCUUUAGAAGAGAUUAUCCCUUAGAGCAAUAUAUCUCUCUCUCUAAUAGAGCAGUAAAUAUUUGUUGCGGUCUUCCUUUAGCUCUUGAGUUAAUAGGUUCUCUUUUAUCUGGAGAAAGAAGAGAAAACUAG